AGUUGAAAUUAGUUGAAUGUGAAAGAUGUUUGUAGAGAGGUAAUAAUAAUAAUGGCAUACAGGAGAAGACAGGUUGUAUCUCGGAGUUCCACCUUCAAGGAAGACAUUAACGUGAAUAGAAAUGACUUAUUACAAGCUCAUCAUAAUAUAAAUGAUGGUUCAAUGAGUGCUCCUCCACUUUCCUCCUCUAUUCACAAUUCCUUAGCUACUCCAUCCUUUAAUAAUUCCCUUGCUGCUCAAGCCAUCAAAGCUUCCGCCACUCGUCGCGAUCCCUCUCAUUCCUUUGCUAUUGCCAAUUCUUCUAUACCUAUUAUUCAUCAUGAAAAUCAUACCAGAUCCAAGAGUUGUGAUUCUUAUACCGAUGCUUCUAAAGCUGGUUUCUGGGGCGUCCUCGCACAGAAAGCUAAAGAUAUUUUGGACGACGAUAAUCCACCCGCACAAACUCCUGAUCAUCACAUCCAUAAAAUCAGAUCACACUCUUUUAAUUCUCAGGAUAUUGGAAAAAUUGGUGAGAGUAACCUUAAAGGAUGCGAAGAUGUCAAUCAAUUAACGUGGAAUCCACGCAAACAACAAUUCAAGCAGACACUUGAGACCGCCAAUCCUCAAUCUAUCCACGAAACACAACUCAAGGCAUCUCGCGACGUGGCAAUGGCAACGGCUGCGAAAGCAAAGUUACUUCUGCGAGAGCUUAAGACGGUCAAAGCGGACUUGGCUUUUGCCAAAGCACGAUGUUCUCAACUAGAAGAAGAAAAUAAACUACUUCGUGACAAGGAAGGUCGCGAGAAGGGACAGAAUCGUGCAGAUGAUGAUCUGAUUCGUCUUCAACUGGAGACACUUCUUGCUGAGAAGGCUCGAUUGGCUAGCGAGAAUGAAGUGAACUCUCGUGAGAACCGUUUUCUACGAGAAAUUGUGGAAUACCAUCAACUGACUAUGCAAGAUGUGGUGCAUUUCGACGAAGAUAUGGAAGAUGAUGACUCGGAGCUUUAUGGACCCAUAGAUACCACUUAUGGACCUCAAAUGUUGUCUCCACGCUCUCAAUUAUCAGGUCUGUCCAUGAACUCAAAGUCAAUGUUUGAUGUACCACCACCAGCACAACAGCAGCAGCAGCAACAACAACAACAACACGAUGAUCAGAAUACAUCAUCAUCAUCAUCACAAGAUGAAGCUACUUCUACUCCUAGUAGCCCACCCUCGGUUUCUAAUUAAGGAUCAACAUGCAAAUCAAGCCAUCCUUUUCAUUAAUAUAGAUUAGCCUAAUUAGACAUAUUUUUGAUACUACUGAAAUACAUAAUCAAUGCAUGCAUGCAUUGUUGAAAUAUACAUGUUUUCUUCUCUGUUAUAAAUACAUAUCAAACUAAAGGGAAAAUAGGUGGAUUACUCAUCCGUCUUGUUUUCCCGACCAACUAUGUACACUUGUUAAUUAAUUGGAAAAUUGUUCAUUAUUAUAUCACCUAAUUUUAUUUUUA